GAGAGAUAGGGAUAGAUACAAGGCGGGGUAUAAAAGGAAAAGAACCGCACGGUCAAUACUGAUAUCGUUGCUACCAUUUUUUAAAUUUUUUUUUAGGAAGAAAGUAUUUUUUGGCAAAUAGCGUCUCUUUUUAAGGUCUGGGGUUUGAAGGCGGGGGCUGGAGAGGAAGGAGGAGGUUCUGCCCACCAGCCUAGGCCUAGGACAGGCAGCCAAUAGAGUUGUGGAGCAGCAUGGAAAUGCAGGGGUACUGAGAUAUUUGGGGAGGGGUGGGGUAUUGAACCGCAUUUGAGGUUUGGAGCAAAAAAAAACACAAAGACGUGGUCACGUUUUGUGUCUGCUCUUUUUUUUUGUUCAACCCUCCCCUCCCGCGUUCUCACCCGCCUUCUAUUGAUAGGAGUGCAAAUGUGCCAGGAUAGCUGAGGAUGAAGGGCAGCCAUGUUGCAAUAGGAACUUUUCAUGCAAAAGCUUAAUCCAACUCGUGAUUAUCGUUUGUUUUUUGGUGAGGAAGGUUAAGUGGUGUAAGGUCUUUAAAUAAUACAUGAUAAAAUGUCGUUAAUUUAAAUGAACUGUCAUUGCAAAAGGAAGGAGCACGGGAUCCGAAGUCAUUCGAGAGGAAAAAAGGUUAAGAAUAUCUCGAGGACAAGAUGGAUCGUUCCUGUGAAUAUGAAUUGUCAGGCAGUGUUUUGCCGUUUGCUAAUCUGCAGCAGUUCCCAAAUUCUUUGGGUUUUGAUGUUUCUGAAAUUAAUGAUCGAAGUUGCAGGCCAGGACAGAAUAUUUGUGAACAAGAAUGUUGUAAUCUGCAGGACAGAAGUGCUAUUCAAUUGUCUACUGACUCAAAGGAUGGUGCACCAUCUGCAUUUAAUGGACAUGUUUCAGCACCGCCCUAUAUUCCGUUGCGCCGACUUCAAGAUCUGGCUUCUAUGAUUCCUACAAGGUUUUCUGAGACCUCAGAGACAAAACAGUGGCCUGAAUCACCUGAGGGCUCUCCUAUCCGGGAUUGUUGUGCAAUUGAUGAAGGCAGACGCACUCCUCCAGUAUCUGAUUCUACCCAAAAUGGUUCUCCAGAGCUAAAGUUAAAGAUAACUAAGUUGGUUAUGAAUGGAAAGAUGAUGUUUGAAUCAUCCAUCUGUAAUGAGGUGGAAACAGAGGAUGCAAAGGAUUCUCAAGAUCAUUCGUCUAUCAUCAAAGAGGUUGAAAUACCAGUAUCGCAUAGAGCAAAAAGAAUGAGAAAGAAAAACAUUAAAUACAGUCCCUCCCAUGAAUCUGAACAGAAAGUGGACAAGAUAUCCUUUUAUCCACCACCUGUUCCAGUGGACGGAAGGAAGACCUGCGCUGGAAGGCGGAAGAAGGUGAUUCCGGUGAAAUUUGAGGUUGGCGAUUUGGUAUGGGUGAAAUUUAGUAGACGUCCUUGGUGGCCUAGUGCUGUCUGUCUUGACCCUCUACUGAAGACUCACUCCAAAAUGAAAGAACCCAGCAGGCGGCCCUGCCGACAAUAUUACGUUCAGUUUUUUGGCGUCGUUGUCGAACAUGCCUGGGUUGCAUCAGCAGUGGUUGAACCAUUUGAAGGAAGACAUCAGUAUGAGCUGCUGGUUCAAAGAAAUACCAAAAAUGGGGAAGCUGAUGUGCAUAGAAAUAAGGUUUCUGUUAAAGUGCACACACAGUGGGAAACUGGUGUUGUUCAGGCAGAAGAAGCACUUUCUAUGUCUGUUGAGGACAGAAUAUCCAAAUAUUGCCUAAUUAGCGAGGAUGGUUUGCUUCACAUGGCUGGGAAAGAAAAGCUUGAAAUUCAACUAACUUCAGAACCCAAGGACCUAAACAUUUCAGCUGACUCCAACAGUCACUGCAAUAAUUCAGAAGAUUGCCAUGCUACAUAUGCACACCAGAAUAACAAGACAGAUACCAGCUCCUCAAUUAGGUGUUCUUCUGACUGUAAAACGAGAAAACGCAUGAGAAAUAAACUGUUAAAGGCCAGAGUUCCUAUCAGUGAAUCUUCACAGUGUACAUACAAUACAAACAGUACAGUAAAUAAUAUGCAGAUGAAUUCUGCAACCCUUAUAAAUGGUUUUGCAGAGGCAUCAAAUGAGAUCAUCACUGGAAUAGAGGGUUCAACCCCGAAAUCCUGUAUCGUUGAAAGUUCUUCCAUAUAUAAUAAUAAUAAUGUCAUAAGUACAUCAGAGAUUGUUUCAGCUGCAACAGCUGUAUUAAAUUGGUCAGAUGAAGGAAUUUCUAAGGAGCCAUUUAAUAUAGGAAAUGGUCCAACUACAAUUGAAUACAAGACCAAAUCUAGUUCUGAACAUUAUGGUGUCUGUAAUGGGACUGGAACUCAGUUUGAAGCCAACUACCAGAACAUGCAGAUAAGGCCACAGGAUGCGAAUGAAGGUAUUCAGCCGGUUGAUGAGCUGGUCCUUGCUCAGAACAUUGAACAUCAUGCUAAACAGAAGGAGUGGAAAAGAACAGAAAUAUUACCCAAUAUUACAGAACUGAAACAGCAGUCCUCUUCACUAGUUAUUACUGAAGGCAAACGCCAAAGAAAACCCAGUAAAAAACUGCUGGAAUCGACAGAAGAUUAUGACCAGUUGUUUAUCUCUAAAAAGAAACUCAAAACAUGCCUUCAACCGUUAUACCAGGACACAACAGAAUGUUUAGACAAAACAACCCAUCAAACAGAAUCACAAGAAUCUAGAUGCUGCAAUACUGAAUCAAAGAGGAGGCGGCGGCGCAAAAAAAAUUUGAAUCACGCUCAGACAGCCCAUACGCAGGACAUGGCCCCAUCUAUGAUUGCAGUGGACCCUGUCACAUCAAGAUCUGUAAUAUGUCAAGCCAUGCCAAUGCCUUUAACAGUCCAAGGUAUUUCCUCACCUGUAGCACAGCUAGCACUCUCUACUUCAGUAGUAAAGCCAGCCAUACCCACAUCUCCUAUGAAACAGUGUUUAUUUGUUCCUCCUAUGGAGAAAACCCGGGCAACGCCUGCAGUGGAGGCGCCCCAGUCCGUGCCCGCAGUGGAGGCACCCCAACCUGUACCCGCUGUUGCAAAACCUCAGCCCACACUUGCCAUGGAGAAAUGUCAGUUUCUGCCUCCAGCAGAAAAUUCUCAUUUGUUGCCUACGAUACAAAAGUCCCAAGCUGUAUGUGCAACAGAAGAUUCUCAGUCCACACCUACAAUGGAGAAAUUUGAAACCAUGUCAGCAGGGACACAAUCUCCAUCUAUGCCAGCAGGGAAGCAAUCCCAAUAUGUUUAUGUAGCAGACCAAAGCCAGUCCAUGCCUGCAGCAGAACUGUCCAACCACAUGGAUGCAGAAGAUCAGUCCCAGGUUUUACCUACAAAGGAACAGUUUCAGUUCUCACCUGCCACAGAGCCUCUAACUGCUCUAUCAAUAGAAUGUAAGCAGGCCGUACCACCAGAAGAAGCUCCUCUGCCCUUAUCCUUGGAAAGUUCAACACAACAAGCAGAAUCACAGCAGAUUAAAACAGGCAGCAUUGUUAAGAAGAGGUGGCAACACAGAAAUUAUCUGAAUACUCAACAGAUUUAUUCUACUCCACAACCAGCUCUUGGGGCUAAAGCAGAGAGAAUACUUUCACAACUAUCCACUUCACCCGAAAAUGCCGAAGGAAAGCGUCAAAGAAAACCAACUAAGAAGCUAUUGGAAUCAACAGAAGAUUUUGAUCAACUUUUUAUCCCAAAGAAGAAAUUUAAACAAGAUCCUCAUCGCUCCCUAAAGGCCACCCCACAGUCCGAAGCCAGAUCCGUAAAGAAGCUUCAAAGAAAAGUAACUGAUCCCGCUCCACAGUCUACAAAACCCGAUUCAGGUGAAAACAGCAACUCGAGCAGAAGAACUAUUUGUAAAAAUGAGAAAAGACUUCGACAAACAUCAACAUCUAAUAGGGACCAAAAUCGUCUCAGAUCUGUAAAUGAGAAAAAGAAUGAUACUCAGCCAGACUCUGCAGAUGAAAAUGACUUAGAUCUGUUUUUAUCAACAUCAAGGAAGUCACAAGUGGAACGUGGUGGAGGGGCUGCAAAGAAAGAAAAUGUCUGCCAGCUGUGCGAGAAAACUGGAGAGUUGCUGCUAUGUGAAGGACAGUGCUGUGGCGCCUUCCAUUUAAAGUGCCUAGGUUUAACCAAAAUGCCUGAAGGGAAAUUCAUGUGCAGAGAAUGUACCACAGGUGUUCAUACUUGCUUUGUAUGUAAAGAAAAUGAGAAGGACGUGAAGCGAUGUCUUAUGCCAUUGUGUGGGAAGUUUUAUCAUAUGGAUUGCAUUAAAAAAUACCCUACCACUGUAAUGCAGAAUAAAGGAUUCCGGUGCUCACUUCACGUUUGUCUGUCUUGUUACGCCUGCAACCCUACUAAUCCAAGAGCGAGCAAAGGUCGAAUGAUGCGCUGUGUGCGGUGUCCUGUGGCUUAUCAUGCCAGCGAUAAUUGUUUGGCAGCAGGAUGUGUGGUCCUGGCUUCAAACAGUAUCAUAUGUACUAACCACUUCACUCCACGGAGGGGCUGCAGGCAUCAUGGUCAUGUCAAUGUGAGCUGGUGCUUUGUAUGCUCAGAAGAUGCUGUCAGACCUGCCAAGCUUUACCUGCAACUUUGUUUUUGUCCACUGGUUACAUAUGACCAAACUGAAAAAGAACCCAUUAUCCCACUCCUGUUUCCAGCCCGUGAGCCAAUUCUGUAUCCAGGCCAGUGUGCUACCUCAAACACCACGGGCUUUUAUCUUCUGACUUCACCUUUUUGUGAUGUACUGUUGAAUGCCUUCUGGAAGUCCAGUAUACAGCAUGCCUCCUGGCUUCCCUCCAUCCAGUCUUGUUGAGACUUCCUCAAAAAACUGUAAUAAAUUAGUCGGACAUAAUUUUC